AGAGGAUUCUCCACGACUCCACUAGCUCAGCAGUCAGCUGCUCGCGGUCCGACUCUUAUCACCCGAAGACGGCCUCGGAGAGCUGCCGGUAGCAGACCUUGCGCCGCAACUCCACGAAGCCACAGGAAAGACGGAAUCCAAAUUCCAUCCGGACUUCUCCACUUCUCCGGCCUCCACCCAGGAGAGCCCGAAGCCGGAAGCGCCUCGCCCUUGAGCACUUCCCAUGGCGUCCGCGUGGUGCCUCUUGGCCCCGGCCGCCGCGCCGGUGGCGGCGCCCGGCGCUCUCGGCGUCUCCGCAUCCGGGGGUGCCUUUGUCGCGCGGGCGGCGGUCCCGGCGAGGAGGCGGUGCAGGUGGGACGCGCUCGUGGUGUGCAUGGCCCCCGACGAGGAGAAGAUUACGCGGCGCUCGCCCCUCGAUUUCCCAAUCGAAUGGGAGAAACCUAAGCCUGGAAGGAGACCUGACAUCUUCCCAAAGUUCAGCCCUAUGAAAACUCCAUUGCCCCAUCCAUUACCAGCUGAUGAUCCUCUGGAUGAUGACGAGGAAGAGGAAGAGGAAGAAGCACAACCUCAAGAAGAACCGCAGGAGGAUGAUCCUGACAAGGAAGAUCCUGAGGAAGAUGACCCGGACAAGCCAACCGAGUAAUUUUGAAUGACGUGAGUUUUGAUAGAUAGACCCAGUGUCCAAUGUGCUUUGUCUUCCAGAGAAUUUGUGGGGUUUGAGCUAUGUUUGGAAAUGUUAGUUCUGUCGGCUUAUAUAGGCUCUAGAUGUAUGUUUGUUCUGCAUGGACCUUUGAGCUUUUCUAAAGCUAUGGAAGUUUUGUUCCACUCGUUUCAAUAUGAAUUGAUACGUAUUCUUAUGUUCUGACAGAAAGAUAUUUACAAGUAUACAAUACAAUAAGCUGUUGCAUGUUAAA